GCGAUCAUGUCUGCGCCGCCCGCGCUGCAGAUCCGGGAGGCGAACGCGCACCUGGCGGCCGUGCACCGGCGCGCGGCGGAGCUGGAGACGCGGCUGCUGGCGGCGGAGCGCACGGUGCGCGCGCAGGCCGAGCGCCUGGCCCGCCACGACCAGCAGCUGCGCGCCGCCCUGGACGAGCUGGGCCGCGCCAAGGACCGGGAGAUUUCUGCCCUCCAAGAGCAGCUUCUGAGCUCGGAAGCCGCCGUCCGCAGCCUGCAGGCCGCCGUGGACCAGAGGGACCAGAUGAUCCAGCAGCUGCAGCCCCGGGCUGACUUACUGCAGGACAUCGCUCGCCGGCGACCACCCCUGGCUGGGCUGCUGGCCGCCCUGGAGGAGGCCGAGCGCCUGGGCCCCUUGCUGGCCAGCAACCAGGGCCAGCUCCUUCCCGAUGGGCCUGGCCCACCCCUGAGCAAUAGCACUGGGGAGGGGGGGCAGGACGAGCUUCAGCCUGCCGUGUUUGGGACGACUGUGUGAGCUGCCCUGGCGGUCCAGAUCUCAGGGUGUGUGGCCAAGGCCCUGGACAUCACCAGUGUCCCGGAGGGGACCUGGGACAUUACUGGGAUCCCAUCUAAACAUCAAAACAAGCGAAAGGCCAAGCUCUCACUUAAAACAGUUUUCUCCCCAGUGCUUGGGGCAUCCGCUACAUUCAGUUGAUUUGAAAUAAUCCCCAAAAUAAAGAAGGCUGGGGUGGCGGCUCAGUGGUAGAGCCCCCCACGCAUCAUGCACAGGCGUGGUGGCAGCCUGACAGACGGACGGACGCCUGCCGUCCCAGCCCUGGUGAAGUAGUGGGAGUCCGACCCCUCGUCUCAGUUUGAAGCUGUGCUGUCUCCUGUUUGAGAUGGGGUCCCACAUAGCCUAGGCUAGCCUCUAACUGCUGUCUCAGGAGGUGACUUGAGUUCUGCUGGGGUGACAGGCGCCCACCACCAGGCCCUGUCUUCUUUGGGCUUUGUGUUUUUAUUUUUGCUAUGAGGUGGGGUCUCCCUCCAUAGCCUGGGCUUCCCUGGGCCCCACAGCCCUCCCAAGUGCUUUUAUAUAGGUGUGAGUCACCAGCCCCGCUGAUGUGACCCCCUUCUUACUCUUAGGCCUCCUGAGCCGUCGUCCUCGUCCAGGGCAGGAGCUCCUCUUUAUUUCACAUUCUGUUGCUUCUGUAUAAGAAGACAAAUCAUCGUCCUGGAUCUGUUUAAUUUCUCUCUGGGGAGAGCAGGCAGGUCAAGACACCAGUGAAAACCUCAGCCUUUGCCUCAGGGCCUCUGCACUGUCUGUUCCCUGUGCCUCCCGCUCCGUGCUUUCCCCAUGACACUCAGGUUUCUCAAAUGCCCCGUCCGGAGGGCCUCUGACCAGCCUCCCUGUGGUUACUCCUACAGCCUGCUUGCUGCCGGCCACUGUGGUGGUUUGGCUUUUUGAGACAUAGUCUUGUGAAGCCCAGGCUGGCCUCUAACUUUUUAUGUAGCUUGGGCUGGCUUUGAACUUCUGGUCCUCCUGCCUCCUGUCGACAUCAGUGCCUGCCAGAGCCGGUGAGGCCCCCACCAGCCAGAGCCUCCUGGACAUCCGAUGAGCCCCUGCCCUGUUCUGGGGACAGUGGUGUCUUUGUAGCAAGUCUCCUUUGGAUACCCGAAGAGAACCUGUUUUUAGCUCCUGGUUUCAGUGCCGCCCCCGACCUGCCAUGGUGAGGCUGUGUUGCCUGUCAGAGCCCUGAGAGCGAGGGUCCCCACACCGCUGCAGCCAGCGGCUGCCUGGUGAGUUCCAUGGUCCCCAAGCUCAAGGCAUUGCCCUUGAGCAGCCACCAGGAGGGAAGAGGCUGCUCCAACCUGAGGGGCUCAGCUGGCCCCUGAACCUGGACGGUGCUGACUUCCUGUCUGGGACCCUCAGCAGAGAAGAAGGGGGUUGUUUGUACAGGGGAGGCGGGUAGGGCCUGUCUGCACUGGAAUAAACCGGUUGUUUCUAA